UAUUUUUCUUUGCAGGAUGUUUAUGCCAAAGGCUCAUCGCGUUGCUAUCUACGAAUACCUCUUCAAAGAGGGUGUUAUCGUAGCCAAAAAAGAUACCCAUGCCCCCAAGCACCCUGAACUUGAGAGCAUCCCCAACUUGCAUGUCAUCAAAACAAUGCAGUCCCUCCACUCCCGUGGCUUGGUCAAGGAACAAUUCGCCUGGAGACAUUACUACUGGUACUUGACCAAUGAGGGCAUUGAAUUCUUGCGCAGUUACUUGCACUUGCCCCCAGAAAUCGUUCCCGCCACACUCAAGCGUCCCACCAGACCCGAAACUGUACGUCCCCGCCCAGCUGCUGCCGGUCAGCGUACUGCUGAUGCCAGCAAAACUGGUGAAGAUCGUUCUGCCUACAGACGUGCUCCUGGUGGUGCUGACAAGAAGGGUGAUGUUGGCCCUGGUGCUGGUGAUGUUGAAUUCCGUGGUGGUUUCGGUCGUGGUCGCCCCCAAUAAACAACUAGUGGACACUUGGUGAUGUAUUCGUCACCGGGCUAGAUGUAAAUCUUUUUAAUUU